AUGCUAAGAUUGAAAAACAAAAAGGAAAAAAGAUCACCCCUCUUAUUGGUGAAUGUAAGCAACCAGAAGGAAUUCUUUAACCAGUUGGAUCAGAGAGUCCUAAAUGCCUUUCUGAAAGCGUGCGAUGAACUUACUGACAUCCUUCCAGAACAAGAGCAACACAACCUGCAGGAAGCUGUGAGAAAACUCCAUAGGCAGUGGAAGGAUCUUCAAACAGAAGCCCCUUAUCAUUUGAUCCACUUGAAGAUUGAAGUACAGAAAAGCAAGUUCCUGGUCACAGUGGAGGAGUGCAAAGCUGAACUAGCUCGACAGAACAAGGUGUUAUCACGAGAACGCAAUGAAAGGAUGAUCGAGGAACACAUGUUGUUCUUUGGUGACAAGGGACCUUACCAGCUGUGUGAGAAAAGGCUACAACGGAUUGAAGAACUGUGCCAAAAACUGCCAGUUUCUGAUCCAGUGAGGGCUACAUUGGAAAGCAGCCAACGAAUCCUGAAGGAGCUCAAAUCCCAGAUAGACAACACAUACAUAAAGCUAAAAGAGCACUCAGAUACCUGGAAGGGCUAUAAGAACAGAUUUUCUGAAUUGGCAAAUUGGAUUUCAUCAACAGAAAGAGAGCUAAAGAAGAUAAAGGAAAGUGUCAAUGAUACUGCCAAAUACAAGCACUGUAAAGCAUCUGUGGGGGAAAUUAGGAAGCAUAUUAACAAGCAAGGAGAAAAUCACAGCUGGCUGAAAUCUAGACUUGCUGUUUUGACUGCAGUAUGUCCUGAUUCGGAGGCCAAAAAGACAGAGCAUGAGCUUUGUAAACUUUCCAGUGACUUCAAGGGACUCCUAGAUUUGCUGGCUGAGAUUGAAAAGACAUUAGGCACUGUUGGAGACUGUGUCCAGUACAAAGAAGAAGUUAAAAGCGCGAUUGAAGACUUAAUCAACAACUCUAAAGAAGCCCAAGCAGAGGCUGAAAAGAUCCUGGAUACAGAAAGUUUAUUACAAGCUCAGCAACUACUACUUCAUCAUCAGCAACGGACAAGGAGACUCCGUGCAAAGAGGCAAGAUGUUCAACAACAGAUUUCCCAAGCUAAACAGUUGCAGAUUGAAGGUGGACUGCCCAGCACAAUGCAAGAGGAUUUACAAAAGUUGGAAGGAACAUUGGAGAACAUGCAGCAGACUAUGGAGAAACGUGAAGAGCAACUGCAGGUCACAAUAAAUAAAUGGGAGCAGUUUGAAAGAGACAAAGAAACAGUAGUAAAAUAUCUCAAUCAAGCAAGCUCUGCACUUGAACGUAUCUUAAACUUCAGCAGUUUAGAGAGCCUCUCCUCAGAACUGGAUCAGACAAAG